AUGAUUCGCUUCCUGCUGCUACAGAACCGGCAGGGGAAGACGCGCAUAGCGAAGUGGUUCGUGCCACUCAAGGAUGAAGAGAAGCGGCGCAUAGAGGAGGAGGUCCACAAGGCGGUCACGAGCCGAGACAGCAAGAUGGCAAACAUCCUCGAGUAUCAGUCCCACAAGCUCGUCUACAGGCGGUACGCUGGGCUCUUCUUUUCCAUCUGCAUCGAGUCCGCGGACAACGAGCUCGCCCACCUCGAGGCCAUUCACUUGUUCGUCGAGAUCCUCGACCACUACUUCGACCAGGUGUGCGAGUUGGACCUGGUGUUCAACUUCCACAAGGUGUUUUUGAUCCUCGAGGAGUUCGUGCUGGCCGGGGAGCUCCAGGAGACGUCGAAGAAGGCCAUCCUGGAGCGGCUGGAGGAGCUGGACAAGGCCCCGGAGUAG